AUGCUGCUCACCACUCGGCACUCUGCUUUCCGGCAAGCACAAUGCUACCUCAGGCUCUCGAGAACCUUCAAUCGACAACAACAGUCCGCUUUUGCCCGCCUACUAAGCUCCCUUGCUGUCCUUGAACAACGCGAGGGGAAACUUCAGAGUGCAUCCCUCAGCGCUGUCACUGCUGCUCAAAAGCUAGGAGGCUCAAUAACAGGCUUUGUUGCCGGGAGUGGUGUUAGAUCAGUGGCCGAGGAGGCUGCAAAGGUCAGGGGGCUAGAGAAGAUCAUCAUGGUCGAGAAUGGCUCAUAUGACAAAGCUCUCCCUGAAAAUUAUGCUCCUCUACUUGCUGAAAACAUAAAGAAAGGAGGUUUUACACAUGUGUUUGCUGGGCAUUCGGCAUUUGGCAAGAAUCUGAUGCCCAGGGUGUCUGCCCUCCUGGACGUACAACAGAUAUCAGAUAUUACCGUUAUUGAGGGCGAAGAUACCUUCGUUCGACCAAUAUACGCUGGAAAUGCCAUUCUCACUGUUCAAUCAUCAGACAAAAUCAAGAUAAUAACAAUCAGAGGCACGGCUUUUACAGCUGCCGAGGCCGAGGGCGGCUCUGCUGAGAUCACCGAGGGGGUGGAUCCCAAGGUUGAAAUCAAGACUGAGUGGCUUUCGGAAGACUUGGCAAAAUCAGACCGACCUGACCUUGCAACAGCAAGCAAAGUUGUUUCUGGUGGACGAGGUCUCAAGUCAAAAGAAGAAUUUGACAGAAUUAUUCCACCAUUGGCAGACGCUUUAGGGGCAGCCAUUGGCGCAUCAAGAGCAGCGGUCGAUAGCGGCUUUGCGGACAACAGCUUGCAGGUCGGACAGACAGGCAAGAACGUUGCGCCGCAACUCUACCUCUGUGCCGGUAUUUCGGGAGCCAUCCAGCAUCUUGCAGGUAUGAAGGACAGUAAGCAUGGACGAAGACACACGACGGCUAUCAGCCUUGCAACUAAGGAUCAUGUCAAUCAAACCAACCAUAUUAUUGCUGCGAGUCCUGUGACCGCUUCAGACCGAGGGGACGCAUCCUCCAAACCGCAGAGACGCCGUAAUAAGCCAAGUCUAAGCUGCGAAACGUGCACUAUUAAGAAAACAAAGUGUGACCGAGGAAGACCGAUAUGUUUUGCAUGCGUUAAACGGAGAUCCGAAUGUCACUAUUCCCACCUUGCUGAUCUGAUCGAGGAAUCACAUCGUGCCCUGGGCAUCGAUACGCCAAAAAAAAAGUCAAAACCAAACGGUGAUGCUGCGUCAAAUUCUACCCUUGUCAACAAUGGCACCACCAACCCCACAGAACGGCCACUUUCAAGGUCGUCAACUGGAUCCUCGCCGAUGCCACUCUCCAACGUUCCCUUCUCCCAUCCUACAGCUUCCAAUAUCUUCAAGGCCGAACAUCCCUUCAGCAACUACUGGACCCACCAGGGCGGGCUGAACGAAGUAAUCGGAGUUCUGCCAAGCAAAGACCAGGCAGAUAUUCUAAUUGCCAAAUACUUUGAUGUCGUUGAUCCCGUUUAUCCGAUGAUCCACCGCGAGUCCUUCCUACGAGACUACGAAUUCUUUUGGUUGUUGGCGCCAGCGGAGCGUCCGUCUGUAGAUGGGUCAUUGGUCGCUCUCAUAUUCGUCAUGCUGGCAAUGGGUACACAGUUUGUCACAUUGCCAUCGUCUGAUGACAAGGAGCAAACGGCUGAAUUUUAUGUUUCGGCAUCACACCAGGCGCUAAGAGUGUUCUCCUACCUCGGUCGUCCUUCGUUACGGGUCAUUCAGACCAUGGUUCUCAUCAUAUACUUUCUCAUGAACGAUAAUCACGCAGCGGAUGCUUGGGCAUUCGCAGGCAUUCUCAUCCGCCAGGCCUAUGCAUUAGGCCUGAACCGUGACCCGUCAAUCAUCGUUCCCCACGCGCACCCUUUCGAGAAGCAGCAGCGCCGCAAGGUGUGGCAAGCUGUGCUCUUCCAAGAUACUUUCCUCACCGUCAUACUUAAAUUACCUCCUACAGCCACUCAUACCGACGUCAGAAUUGAGGACCUGGCUUUGGAAGUGGAAGAGUCGCUCACCGAGUCCGGCGCAACAGAUGUCACAUACAUAUCGAGCAUGUGGAACCUUGCAAACAUAGUACAAUCGACUCUCUGUACCCCGCGGUCUCUUUCGCUCCCAAUAUCGUCCUCGCACACCCAACGCACCAGCCUGAUUGCUUCAUUCCAUCGCAUCUACAUGUCUUUCCCAGCGCCUUUCCGCACAUUCACCGAAGCAUCUAUCUGCGACUUAGCACGCCGGAGCAAAAGGCUUGCAAGACAAACUUUGUUCCUGACAAGCAAUUACUUCCACUGUCUUAUGCUAGUAUAUGCCGACGAGCAUGGGCAAUUAGACAUCGAUAUUCAGGGAACUUUAGACGCAGCUCACGAGGCCAUCAAUAGUUUCUUUCUGCUGCGCGCGUUGUUCGAGGACGAGGCCAUGGUGUGGUAUCAUUUCCAACAUCGAGCAUUUUCUGAAGCGCUAGUAAUCGCGGAGCUAGUCAAAGCCCAAAGUGACAACAUCGCAAUGAAUCCAACCAGAAUGAGAGCUAAGAAUGACGUUUUAAGGAUGAUUGGGAUUCUACAGCUGAGUAGUGGCGUAGACAUGGUGGCUCGCACGAGAGUUUCUGUGCUGAGCAGGUAUUUGUGA